GGAAGAGCAAUACAAGGAGUAGCUCAAAAGUAGAGAUCCAGCAAGAUGAGCAAUGAUGGCCUGGGAUCCUGGUCCACUUUGAAUGCUUCAUGGGAAGAUAUUGGAGCAGAAAAUGGAACUGACCUCCUAACCCCCCAGGAUGGUUUUGAUCAGAAAUCAUCACUAUAUCUUCCAGCAGUAAAUAUUCUAUAUUUCUUAAUUCUAGUUAUUAGCAUUUUUGGACUUAUGGGGAAUGGGACUGUCAUCUGGUUUCUUGGUUUUUGCAUGAAGAGGAAUCCUUUCACCACUUUCAUACUAAAUCUGGCUGUUGCUGACCUUGGGGCCCUCAUUUGCUUAUCUUCUUAUUUGAUUGUGUAUCUUGUGGUGUCAUUUCCAUCCUUAUCUGUGGAUAUUAGCUUGUGUGUACAGUUGUUUGAGUUUUUCUUGUUGUUCAUGUACAACACUGGUCAAUACCUGUUGACGGCCAUUAGCAUGGACAGGUGUGUUUCUGUUGUUUUCCCCCUUUGGCAUAGAUGCCACCGACCACCACACUUUUCCACCUUUGUGUGUGCCACAAUAUGGAUCAUUUCCUUCCUGUUCUCUGUAAUCAACUUGAUUCUUUUUAUUUUUAAUAUUUUUCUGGACCUCCUUUUCUACCAGCUUCUGUUAAAUGCUGUUCUUUUCCUCCCACUUAUGACUGUCUCCUCUCUGAACCUGUUUAUAAAAGUUUGGUUUCAAUCACAACAGAGGAAGAAGGGAAAAGCUUUAACAGCCAUCCUACUUGCCCUCAUAAUCUUCCUCUUCUUAGCUUUCCCAUUUACUUGCAUUUCAUUAAUCUAUUUUUUCGAUCCACCUUUGGACUAUGAUGUUUCAUCUUUUAAAGUAUCUGUUGUGUUAUUAUGCAGCUGCCUGAACAGCAGUAUUAACCCACUGAUUUAUUUCCUGAUUGGGAGAAACAAGAGGACUCGAUCCAGGGAGAGCAUGAAGGUCAUACUCUAGACACUUUUCAAAGAGGAGGAAAACUGCAGAGAGGAACAAGAAGUUCCAGUUCAAAGCCGGAUGUGAAGACUUCAAACUAGCUAGAAAGCUUCAUUUUCUAUCAUUUGGUGUAUUUCUUGGUACUUGUUUUCCUCUGUACUCACUAUUGUUUUAUUAUUUUGGAUUCAUUUACUCUGUUAAUUUUUGUCCUCGUUUCAGUAGUAUCGUUUCAAGCCCCUUGGAUUCCCUAAUUUGCAGGAUAAGUGUUUUACAUGUUUGAGAAAAUGAAAUAAAAAGAAAUGCCACUUCAACAGACUUUGACAAGAGGGAUGACUUGCUAAAUGGUAUACAAAAGAGAUUCAUUGCCAAAGGGAAUGAAGUAAAGAAAUCUUCACACGUAGGGCCCAAAUGUUUGAAGAAAACAGAAGAAAAUAUUUUCCCCAGAUUUUUUGAAAAAAAGUGCAUUAUGGGACAUUCUACCACUAUAACCCCUAUUUUCUGU